AAAACACCCUAUUUUCUCCCACCACCAUCUUAGCUCGCGAUGCUCUCCAGGGUUUCCUCCUUGAUGGCCUCUCUACCCUGCUCCAAGGUUACAAGACAACCAUUAAUGCUGCCUAACAUGAGAAAAAACUGGUUUGGAAAGCAUUUGCUUUAUGGCUUGGGCACUCUGGUUCUGAGACCUAUCAAAUUAUUGCGGGGUGGAACUCAGCUGCUGGGAGUGUCUCAUUUCUGUAGUAUCUCUAAUAUAGAUUCUUCCCUGCAUAUAGAAUUGGUUCCAUGCCUCCGAGAUAAUUAUGCAUAUCUAUUGCAUGAUUUGGACACCGGUACAGUUGGAGUCAUCGAUCCCGCUGAAGCUUUUCCUGUCAUAAACGUCCUAACACAAAGAAAUCAGAAUUUAACAUACAUACUGAAUACUCAUCAUCACUAUGAUCACACUGGUGGGAAUAUGGAGUUAAAAGAAACAUAUGGUGCAAAGUUCCUCUUGAAAUGGUUUAAAAUUGUUCCCGAGUGAAGUCAUUGAGUUUCU